GGCGUGCGACAGGAUCGCGAAGCGCGACGGGGACGACUUCCCCGAGCAGCAGGAUCUCGAGGGCCUCGCCUCGCGGAUCCGGGCCGUCGCGUUUCGGGUGCGCGAGCUGCGGCUGUUCUCGCCCAACGAGGAGCUUGACGACAUCAGCACCGCAGACCUCAAGUUCCUGCUGGUGCCCUUCCUGUUGGCACAGGUCACCUCGGCGACGCGGGACCUGUCCAGGAGGCUGGAGUGGCUCCGGAACGCGCUAGUGUUCUGGAGGGGGUUCGCCGCGGACUGCCAGAGGCUGGGCAUCGGCCACGACGCCGACCUGCGGGCCAUCGACCGAUCUCCCGAGGAGCGCGC